AUGGAUAUUAGUUAUUGGAUUAACAUCACAUUAAGCAAUGUGGGAGUCUUAUGUGUUUCUCCCCCUCUCUCUCCCUCUCUCCCCCUCCUCAUCUCUCCCUCCAGUGGCUCCCAUCUUGUGUGCUCCCUGGUCUGCACACACCCAGACUGGAGAAUUAUAAACCUGGAUAAUUUGGAUUACUGCUGCAGCCCCAAGAGUCUGCAGAGUGUUGAAGACAGAGCGAACUACACCUUUAUCAGAGGAGAUGUGUGUAACUCGCGGCUGGUAAAUCACAUUUUCAACACAGAAAGCAUUGAUGUGAUCUUCCACCUGGCAGCCAGAACACACGUCGAGACGUCAUUUGAAAGUCCAUCCAGUUUCCGGCGUGUCAACAUCGAUGGAACCAGAGUGUUAUUGGGAGCCGCCCAUGAGGCCCGACACCGGCCGCAGUGCUUCAUCUAUGUCAGCACCGAUGAAGUGUACGGAGCCAGUCUGGACGAGGUGUUUGAUGAGAGUAGUCCAGUGAGGCCCUCCAACCCAUAUUCUGCCACUAAAGCAGCAGCGGAGUACCUGGUCAGAUCCUACUGGGAUAAAUAUAAGUUUCCCAUCAUCAUCACCAGGAGCAACAACAUCUACGGGCCCAGGCAGUACACUGAGAAGGUCAUUCCAAGGUUUCUCACCCUCUUGCAAAUGAACAAGAAAUGCACCAUCCAGGGAACCCUCCCUAAAUCCCGCCAUUUCCUGUUUGUCGAUGACGCCGUCAGCGCCUUUCUGCUGGUUCUGGAGAAAGGGACUGUGGGAGAAAUCUACAAUAUUGGAACAGGCUCCGAGAUUCCCAUCAUGCAACUGGCCAGGGAACUUGUCAAGAUGGUCAAGAAUGUGCCAGACUCUGAGGUGAAUGAUUGGCUCGAGUUUGUGCCCGACAGGCCACGUGUCGACCUGCGCUACCCCAUCAGCUGUGAGAAGCUGCAGCAGCUGGGCUGGAGAGCUCAGGUGUCCUGGGCUGAAGGCAUCCGACAGACUGUAAAAUGGUACCAGGACAACCCAGACUUCUGGUCAGACACGAGCGAGGACCAAGGACAAAUCAGAGGCAAGCUCCAAAAAGCGACCAACAAAUGAGCGGGCUCAGCUGUGCCCUGCUGCUCGACUGACAGGACGUUGAGUGAACUAAGACACGGAGUAGUGACUUCAAUUAUUUCACGAUAUUUGUGUAAAAGAGGCGAUUAUGGCUGAUUUACAGCUCACAUAACAAAUAACAAAUACUGAACACAUGAGGACAGUUUAUUAUAAGGGGCCGGGCAGCUCUGCUCUUCUUCUUCCAAUAAGGAAAUCCGCCUUUCCAUGCAUUAAAAUAAACACAGUUUUGCACAUAGUUUCAGUCUUAUGCCAAGUUUUCUCAACUGGGCUAUUCAUCCAAACGGUGGCGCUUAAGCAACCAUCUAAAGUUUACAUUUUUGAUAAUUCAUAUCAGUCGUAUGUGCUAUAGCAGAAAUGUUCAGAUGCUCUCACUUAGUUUUUCUAAAUAUUAAAUACUAAAUACUAAAAUAUUUAGUGUGGUCAAUGUUUGAAUCUGAGAAGCUGAAUUUUUGACACUAUUUCGAAUGUAGAUUAUUGCUGUCAGUGGAAAUAGGGCAUCUUUAAACUUCAGUUUAUCACAGUAAAUCAAGAUAAAAUAAUAACAGACAGUGCUGACACACGACUUUUAAUGAUAAAUUUGGUUCCAUGUCAUUCCUCAAUGCCCGGCCACCGACUGACUGCUGCGCAGCUAUAAUUCUGUUUCUGUCUCUAAAUGAUCGUUGGACCAACAGGCCCUGAAGUGCCAGACAACAAGAAGGCAGAGCCUUCCUUCAACCAAAGCGAAGUUUCACCUAGAAAUCAAUGCACUUUAUCUUGACGCUAUGGAAGACCAUUUCCGCCAAUGUGACGAGAAAAGAAAAAAAAGAUUCUGAGAGUCAUAAUGAAGUUUUCUCUUUAGCAUCUUAAAAUAAUUAGAAACUUUAUCAAUAUUUUGACUUAGAAUCUCAAAAUAGGGAAGUUUGGGGUCCUCUGCUGGACUUGCCCCGCGACCCGAUCCCGGAUAAGCGGAUGAAGAUGAGAUCUCAAAAUAAUGAAAAAAUCUAAAUACUGAGAUUCUCAUUUUGAGAGACUAAAACAAUAUUUUGUGAAAGUAAAAGGUAAAUUAUAAUGACUUACAGAAUCCUUUUUUCCCUGUCACAUUGGCGGAAAUGGGCUUCCAUAUGAUAUUCAUUACUGAUUCAGCUAAUGUUUACAAGUGGUCUUAUUUUGCUCCACUUGGGCUUUUUAUGCACAAUGUUUAAGUUUAUUUUUAAGUCUGAAACACACACUAAUGAAGUAUGUAAGAAUCUGAAAGCUCCAUUAAACAAUUAACCAACGCGUACUAAGUUACCCUAGGACCCGCGAAAUUUGAAUAGCAUGUUUCAUUUGUAUUGAUAAGAGACUGAAUUAGGAAAGGCUACAACAAUUGAAACGCAGUGCCAUUUUUAGCUCUGUGCUCCAAUAACAGUUUAGCAAGCCUCAGUCAACUACAUGGUAACCAAAUUUUGAUAAUGGUUAAAAGAUAAAAGCAACAUAUAGAAAUAUCUUAAUAUAAUAAUAAGACUUAAUUGUAAAAUGCAAGACCUAUUUAUUAGGCAUAUAAAUGACCUAAAAAUGUAUCAAAAUAUGAGGCUGGUUGAAAUGUCAGAAAUGGAUUCAGCAUCCCCAAUAACCCCAAAACCACUCCUAUAUUGUCCAAAUAGGCGAUUAUGCUAUUUAAUGCUAAUUAUGCAAAUUGCCCAACAUCUGUAAAUUAGCAUUCAGCAGUUUCUGUAUGCUGGGGACCCAUACAUUACAUUUCUAACAUCAAACCUUGGGGUACUCCACGUUUCCGGGGUCACAAUGGGGAUCUACUGCCUGGCAAGUUAAGUUAGCAAGUUGAUAUAAAUUAGUUAGCUAGAAUUCUGCUCUGUAGCAAAACACUAGCUAAUUAAUAGCCUAGUUACACCAAUCAUUAGCUAGCUAGUUACUUUGUGUUUUGCUAAAACACAAGCUAACUAGCUAACCAAUUUACAUGAAGUGUUAGUUAGCAUUCUGAUAACAUUAGUUAACUUAAGAUGUGACAGUAUGUCGCCAAAACCAAAAUGUGGUUGUCUUUUGAACAUAGAUUAGCCUAGCACGUAGCAUAUAUAAGUACAGGAAAGGAGGAAGUUGACAGGUUCUGACUGAGGCUUGCUCAAUGGUUAUUGGAGCACAGAGCAAAAAGGGGAGGGAUUUAUAAAGGGUUCAUUCUGAUGCAGCUACUGUGUUGGUCCCUCCCUGAGGGGCAACACAGGCAGAAACGACUUUGAUUGGCGUUGACAUUUGUGUAUGUUCCAGGGUUUAUGUGCAAUUGUUGGCGUUGUGACUGAUCUUUUUAAAAAUCUUCAUUAUGAUACAUAAAAUCAAAUUAUGAUGGUAGACUGAAAACAGGGAAUACACGUUUUACAUACACUCAAAUACAAGGUUACUCCUGCUCACGUUCUGCAAGGUUUCAAAUGUAUGUUUAACCUUUUACAGUAUAACCAUUCUGCUAAGUUUUAAAAUACUUUGAUUUUGUUAGAGUAGCCUUAGAAGAAAAGGAUGAGAAGGGAACUGUAGUUAGCUUAAAGUCCAUUCAUCUCGUGUUUUCUACACAUUCUAUAGAGAUAUUUUCAUACGAUUCUGUAGCAUGCAUUAAACUGCAAAUAAAGUUAUUUCAUAUUUGA